AUGCAAUAUAUCUUUUUGGACUGCAUGCACGAAUCCUAUAGGAACUCUUUACCGCUUCACAGCAUAGGAGCUGAAGAAGAUUGCUCUAGACUUGAAAACAAUGGGCCUUCAAGGGGUUCUUAUGAUAACUUGAUAGUUGAAGACGUUUCACCUAUUGAAUCAGCGAGGGCAAUAUUUCUACAAAUUAUUGUGGACUAUUUUAUACAUGAUAAUGUGAUUGAAGUGGCGGAUUGUGAGGCUGACUAUAAUGUUCAGUCUGGACAAGAUAAACUGAAUAAGAGGAAGAUGAGAGAGGUUCAGUAUGAAGGAGACCUGAGGUUUGCAUUACCCUUGAUGUAUGUGGCAAAUAUGUAUGAAACUUUAGUUGCUGAUGUAAAUAUUAGGCUUUCAUCCUUGAAUGGUAUUCGUGAGAAGACCAUUGGAGUAGCCCUUGAGGUAGCUGGUGGUUUGUAUAGAAGGUUGGCUAAGAAAUUCCCCAAGAAAGGACCAUGUACAUUCAAAAGAAGAGAGUUGGCAACUUCUGUUGAAACUAGGACAAGAUUUCUAGAAUUAGUAAUACAAGAAGAGUAGUGAGUUCGUUUUGUGGUAGUCAAUGGUUUGGUUAUUAUUGUAAAACCAAAUAGUAUGCCUAUUGAAGAUGCUGAGUGGUUUAAACGAUUGAUUGGUCGUAAUGAGGUAGCUGUCUCUGCUCGAGAUUAUAAGUUCUACUCUCCAAGACACAAGUAUAGGCGUGUUGCAACAAACUCAAUGUCUAACAUCACUGGGUUGCCUGCGAGCAAGAGUCUCAAGUACGGUUUAGUUUUGGAAAGCGACGAAGCAGAUCUGUCCUUCUAA